UCAGGAAAUUAUACGUUACUUUUACGUGGGCCCCGUUUAAUCUUACACAACCAAUCAGUGUCGCUGAUGCUUCUUGAUCUAAUUGAGUUGUCCUGGACACGUGUCCCAGUCACCGGCGACCAGUUUUCUAUCUCUCUAUAAACCUUCAUGUUAAUAAUCAUCGGCUCCGUUAGAGAGAGAAACAAGAGAGAGAAACAGAAACCGGUAUGAGAGCUGGAAAGAGACGCAUCGAAACCGGUGGAGAUCCGAAGGAAAAGAUGAUACUUAACGAGAUCAUGUUGAGAUUCCGCCCGAUCGCUCCGAGACCAGUGUCGGUUGAGCGUUCGGUCGGUUUCGUACCCGUGAAGACGAAGAGAGUGAAGAGAAAGUACGUUCGAGUUAAGAGGAAGAAGAAGGUAGAUGAAGAGUAUGAUAAUAAAGGAUGGAUGAGUUUGGAUUCGAUGCAGUUGGUUUCAACCGCAAACGAGUCUGUUACUGAUCCGGUACGAAAAGUAUUCAUACCGGAUCAGUGGAUCAGUUUUGAUCUAUCAGAAAAAAAUAAAAACAACAAUAAUAAUAAUAAAAAUAAUAAGAUGUGUAGAUGGAUAACAACUGCAAGACCCUCGUUAGGUCUGCAUGACGUAGAUCUAACGAGGAGGGUGACGUCACGAGCGUUACUCGAGUCGUGGAUCACGAUGGAAUCGGUUAUAGGAACGUGUGAGGAUGAGAAUCAGUUAGGGUAUACAGAUGAGGAGAUAUUAAAAGAUAUGGAAACGGACAGUUGUCCGGGAUUUAUAUCCAACGGUUACUACGAGGUUCAGUGGGUGAACCUCGCGUACCGAAGGAUGGUGGAUCCGGAUAAUGAAAAAGAAGGAGCACAGGUUGUGGUGUCGCUGGUGGUGAAAGUGGAAAAGUCUGCUUUUGAGUACUGGCCAGCUUUCUCAUGCAGAAUGAGAGUUGUUUAUGAUCUGUUAUCGGAGAAAAAGAAGCAGAUCACGGUUCCAUGUGAUGUUUGGAAGAUGGAUUCUGGUGGGUAUGCAUGGAGGCUUGAUGUUAAAGCAGCUUUGAGCUUGGGCAGGUUGAAUUAGCUGAUAAAAAUCAGUUUAAUUUCCAAACAGGUCUCUAUGAUGUGGAGUGAUAAACGAAGAGAGAGUGAAGUUACUGUGAUAAUGAAGUAUAUUUCUUUAUAACAUAAAUAAUAAACCCUAAUGAUCUUCGAUAAUCAUCACUUCAAAAUAUCAAAUACAUGACAAAAAUGUAGUAACAUGAAGGAAGCUAUAUUACAACUCUACAAAUAAGAAAAUGUGUACCACAGGUAAGUUCCUUUAUUUUAUUUUCUUUGUUGGUGAAGUUCUAAAAAGUUGGUGAAAUUUCGUGGGAAAUCCAGUCGUGUGUAAAGGCUUCACAAACUGAUCAUCGGCGAAUCACCAAGGCCACUUCACUGCGGAGGCGAGCUUUAAAACUAUCUCGAUGUAAAUUCAAGGUUUUAAGUAAUUAUAAAAGCUAGCUAGAAAAAAAAUUAUCUUUCAAUUUUUGUGUUAUGUUUGAUUAAAGAAAUAUAAAAUGUUAACGUGUAAA